AAAUGUAAAGGAAUGAGAGCGUAAUUGCCCCUAUGUUCUAUACCCUUCCUUUAUUACCCCUCAAUUGUCCUUAUAUUUCUAUUUUAUUUUUUCACCGCCCCACUUUUCUGAAUAUCUCUGAUUACAUCCGCCUUCCCUCAGUCGCCGACUAUCCAUCUGGAUUCCGACUGUUUCCAGAAGACCCAAAAACCUCAUCAAGAACGAAAGGGGAAAAAUUCAAUUACGGAUGUCGGGCCUUGUUCGAUGUAUUUGUUGGGUUUUUCAAUUUCAACUAUAGUAUAUCUUUAGAGAGAGAGAGAGAGAGAGAGGAAGUAGCAGGGGAGAGGAAUAUAGAGGGAGAGUUGCGUGAAUUAUUAGCAGUUCACUUUCCUCUAUUCUGGUUGUAUUUGUUCCUGCUAUGUAGCAUCUCUCAAAUUCAAUAAAAAAAAAUCAAGUAAUAGUGCUGUUUAUUUUUUCGAGUUGAUUGAUUGCUUUCUAUAAUUAUUAUGUCUUUUGUUUGUUGAGAGUUGAUUGUUAACUGAUACUGCAAAUAAAAGGAGAGGUUUCUUUUUGUUAUUUUAUUGUUAUUUUGUUUUUCUAUUUUUGCUGGUUUAAGAAGGAAAAAAGAACAAAAUUAUACAUUGAAUUUUUGAGAAGAGGAUAGUUAAUGGGUAGUCCUGGAACGAGUAAUUUGGCUACUGCAGCUCGUAUUGGAUUAUCCGAGCCAAUUUCAACUGGAGGCCCCAGUGAGUUUGAUGUUAUUAAGACUCGUGAGUUGGAAAAGUUUCUUGUAGAUGCGGGAUUGUAUGAGAGUCAUGAAGAAGCUAUAAAAAGGGAGGAAGUUCUUGGUAGAUUGGACCAGAUUGUGAAGACGUGGGUGAAGAACAUCAGCCGUGCCAAAGGUUAUAAUGAGUCGAUGAUCAAUGAGGCGAAUGCAAAAAUUUUCACAUUUGGCUCCUACCGGCUUGGUGUACACGGCCCUGGUGCUGAUAUUGAUACCUUGUGCGUUGGACCGAAGCACGCAACUAGAAAUGAAGACUUCUUUGGCGAACUUUAUAAAAUGCUUUCGGAAAUGCCUGAAGUACAAGAGCUGCAUCCUGUACCUGAUGCUCAUGUUCCAGUGAUGGGGUUCAAGUUCAAUGGUGUUUCAAUAGAUCUACUUUAUGCAAAUGUGUCCCUCUGGGUUAUUCCUGAAGACUUGGAUAUUUCACAAGAAUCCAUUCUACAAAAUGUGGAUGACCAGACUGUUCGUAGUCUUAAUGGUUGUAGAGUGACUGAUCAAAUAUUGCGUUUGGUUCCAAAUAUUCAGAAUUUUCGUACUACACUGCGAUGUAUGAGGCUGUGGGCGAAAAGACGGGGAGUUUAUUCAAAUGUUACUGGUUUCCUUGGCGGUAUUAAUUGGGCAUUGCUUGUUGCCCGCAUUUGCCAGCUGUACCCAAAUGCUUUGCCUAGCAUGUUGGUAUCUCGCUUUUUUAGGGUAUACACUUUGUGGCGGUGGCCAAAUCCUGUUAUGCUAUGUCCAAUUCAAGAAGGAUCUUUGGGACUCUCGUUUUGGGAUCCUAGAAGAAAUUAUAAGGACAGGUCGCACCUGAUGCCAAUAAUAACUCCUGCUUAUCCCUGCAUGAACUCUAGCUACAAUGUGUCGACAAGCACAUUGCGGGUCAUGAUGGAAGAAUUCCAAAGGGGGAAUGAAAUAUGUGAGGCAAUAGAAGCAAACAAGGCUACCUGGGAUGCACUUUUUGAGCCUUUUGCCUUCUUUGAAGCAUACAAAAAUUAUCUGCAGAUAGAUAUAGCAGCAGAGACCGAUGAUGACUUGAUGAAUUGGAAAGGUUGGGUGGAGUCCAGAAUACGCUUGCUUACUUUAAAGAUUGAAAGGGACACAAAUGGGGUACUUCAGUGCCAUCCUCACCCUGGUGAAUUUUCAGAUAAAUCUAAGCCAUUUCACCAUAGCUAUUUUAUGGGUUUGCGAAGGAAACAGGGUAGCAACCCUCAAGAAGGUGAACAGUUUGAUAUAAGGAUGACAGUUGAGGAUUUUAAGCGUGAUGUAUAUGCUUACUCAUUCUGGAAACCGACAAUGUGGAUUAAUGUAUGUCAUGUUAAACGAAAAGACAUACCUAACUUUGUCUUCCCUGGUGGAGUGCGGCCUCCUCCCCCUCCCAGAACCGCUGCUGACAGUCGCUCAGUACGAAAAUCACUUCGAUCCAACUCUCCUCAAGCAGAAGCUGUUAUGAGCAGGAAGAAGAGAAAACUAGAUGAAAUCAACAGAGGAGUUAGCUUGACGGAAUCCUCAAGCACUGGCGUAUGUAUUAGUGAUGCAACUUCUUUGGAUGAAACAAUGGGAAGGAAACAAAUUGGACCUGAUUUUAAUGCUACUGCAAAUGGAGGAUUUUCUGAGAAUAUAUCCAGUGAUGGCCCUGAAAUUCCAGGGUUUGGGAAAAGCAAACAUGAUGGUGUGCCUACAUCUUCUUCAGGUGCUUUGUCAGGUUCAUUGACGAUGGAGAAGCCUUUCACCGAGCACUAUUCCUCUCAGAUUAUUAAUCCCCAAGGUCCUUCUGAAGUCCUUGAUGGUCUUGUAGAAGGUGUACAGGUGAAGAGUGAAAUUCAACAGGAUGGUGAGGCAGAUGGAAUUAAACCAUCGUCUUCGUUCACAUCAGAGCAAGCUGUAGGAGUAGUAGGAGCAGGGAAUGAGGCGACUUGCUCCAAGAUUCAACAGAAUGGUGACCUGGAGGAGCUUGAGCCCCUUGAAUUGUCUGCGACCACUACAAUGGUGUCCACAUCAGCAACCGUGCCAGCUCAGAAGCCCCUUAUUAGGUUCAGUUUCACCUCUUUACCAAAGGCAACUGGCAAUAGUGCAUAAAGCUGUUUGUUCAAAACAUACGGCUGGAGUCUCAAUCUUGCCCCUCAACCGGGGCAUUGCUUUGUUGGCCUAAAAGGUUGAGGGAGAAAGAACGGGAUAAAGAUUCAGCCCAAGUUACCAUAUGAUGUGGGUUAUGGUCUUGCAUAUGUAAUAAAAUGUUGAGAUAUUCUUCCUUUUGCAUCUCACAGUUUAUCUAAUCCGACUUCAGUGCACCACAAUAGGGUGAUCCCAGGAGUGUUGUAUAUUACUCGUAUGCAUCGAAUAUAAUAUGGAAUCUGUUCCUUAUAGAAUUUUAAUGCAAUCACAUCGUCUUUCCUUGGC